CGCUUGCUUUUCACUUCCACCUUUCAUCUUCCUUUUGUUAUUCAUAUUUGAGAAUCUUACACACAACCAAAAUUGAAAAAAAAAGGCUUCUUUUUGUGUGAGAUUCAUAGAACAACAAGCUUCUUCUUCUUCUUCUUCUUCUUCUUCUUCUUCUUCUUCUCCACUUCCUCCAGAAUCAUGCCUGAGAAGAAUAUUGUAGAGGACGUUAUCGACGAUUUGGUUGAUAACUUCACGGAGAGAGUUCAGAAGAACAAACAUGUUUCUUUCUUCGAACAAGAAGAUUCCGUCAGUUCUCGUUUCAACCGUUUGUUUGGUCGCCAACAGCCAAUCCAUCGUGUCUUAGGCGGUGGAAAAUCUGCUGAUGUGUUGCUAUGGAGGAACAAGAAGAUCUCUGCAAGUGUUCUGAUGGGAGCUACUGCAAUUUGGGUGCUUUUCGAAUGGAUCAAUUUCCAUUUCCUGUCUCUCCUUUGCUAUGCCCUCUUGCUUGGUAUGAUUGCCCAGUUCGUUUGGUGUAACGCCUCAGGGUUCCUAAACCGCAGCUCACAAUCUAGAGUGCCUCGCCUUGUUCUUCCCAAGGACUUCUUUGCUGAAGUGGGUGUGGCCAUUGGAACAGAAGUCAAUCGUGGCUUGUUGUUUCUUCAGGACGUGGCUUGUAAAGGGACUUUGAAACAGUUCCUCAUGGCUGUAAUCGGACUAUGGGUAGCCGCAAUGGUGGGGAGCUGCUGCAAUUUCCUAACAGUUUUGUAUAUCGGGUUUGUUGGGGCACACACAAUGCCGGUUCUGUAUGAGAGAUACGAAGACGAAGUCGACGGUUUCAUGGAUUCACUGAUCAUGAAGUUCCAUAGUCAUUACAAGAAGCUAGACUCUGGAUUUCUCAGUAGAAUCCCAAGUGGGAAGUUCGGGUUAAAGAAGCGUGACUAAAUUAAAUCAAACCAAUCAAGCUUUUCUUAAUCUUCCCUUGUUAAUUGUGUUAGAACAAAGAAUGGAUUAUGAUAGUUUGCUAAAUGAAUGUUUUGAGAAUGUUUUCAUUCAUUCAUGUAUUUAAGUAUCUUGCUUAAGACGAAUCAGUUAAAAGGCUUAAAACAAA